AUGUCUGUGCAUAAUCUGUCAUCGUGGGGUCACCACACGGACACACCGCAUUCGAAACGCAAGGGCUCAUUUCUCGCCAGGUCCUUCAAAUCAACAUCCUCGUCGACAAUGUCACCAGAGACGCACCUGCAGGGGGCAGUAUCCACACAAGCCGUACCUCCAGCCACUUCAGAGAGCCAUGGCGGGUCGCCAAAGGGAUUAGGUAAGAAACUUUUGAGCAAGUUCUCCUUUGCAAAGCAAUCAACACAGCAUCAAAGGGCACCUCCAAGUAGUAUACUCUCUAGUUUACUUGAAAGCGACAAUGCACCUCAUAGACCGUCUACUCCGGCAACAGUUACCCCAGUCACCUCGGUUUCCCCGAGACUCCCCAAUGGUUCCUCCUCAAAGUUUCUGGACGACGAUAAUACCCCUCGGUCCUGCAAUGAGAUGUCCAUAACGUCCGGUUCUCCGCAUUCCAAUUCCAAAAACGAGCUUUCUUAUACCAUACACCCAACUUUACAAAACAUCAUCGAUGGUGGAGUGCAAGAACAUGGACGUUUCAUUGAAAGUGAAUUUCAAAAAAACACUCACCUAGACUCUAUUAAUAAUACUGCUAUUAUUAAUACUACAGCUACUACUAAUAAAAAUGAGAACAAUACUAACGUUAUUGAUAAUAAUAACAAUGGCAAUGACGAUGACGACGAUGCCGAUGAGAUCAAGGAAUACAGUUGUGAUUGUUAUCCUGUUACCACUGCCAAUAGAGAUGGAUGUGGAGAAGAAAUCGUACAAGAUGCAGAUGAAGUAUUAGAAGGAAGAGACAACGCAGAAGACGUCCAAGAUGAAGAUGAAGAUGAAGAUGAAGAGGAAGAUGAGAAUGAAGUAGAUGAAAGUAAACUGAAGACGGAAGAAUCAAUCAAAGAUUAUUGUCCCGGGGGCUAUCAUCCAACAUUUGUGGGUGAAACAUAUGGCAGAAACAACGAGUACCGUAUUGUACGUAAACUAGGAUGGGGCCAUUUUUCAACUGUUUGGCUAGCUUGGGACUCCGCUAAUGACCGCCAUGUAGCUAUCAAGAUUGUUAGGUCUUCCUUGAAUUAUACAGAGGCAGCAUUAGAUGAAAUCAAAAUUUUGGAGACCAUCCAAUCAGGGAACCCUAACCAUGAGGGGAAAAAGCAUAUUGUUCAACUAUUCGACCAUUUCAUUCAUAAAGGUCCUAACGGUGAACAUGUCUGUAUGAUUUUCGAAGUCUUGGGAGAAAAUAUGCUCAAUUUGUUGGUAAGGUAUAAAGAUUUUCAGGUGAAAAGACAACGACAAAUUGAUGAAUCCCUCAAAUGUAAAUCAAAUAAUGAAGAUCUCAAUCUACACCUAUCAAACUUAAGUGACUUGCAUAUCCUAAGUGAGAGUUAUGGGGGGUUACCUCUUAAAUUAGUCAAGCAGAUUUCUAAGCAGAUCCUCUUGGCUCUAGAUUAUUUGCAUCGUGAAUGUGGUAUAAUCCAUACAGAUAUUAAACCCGAGAAUGUUUUAGUUGAAAUUCAUGAUGUCGAGCAACUUGUUCAAUUAUUAGAAUUUGAGAGAAAAUCCAAAAAGCUCAAGAAAUUAAUUCAUAAGCGUAAACAUGAUGCAUCAUUGUCGUUUUCACUGCAUUCAAAAUCUUGCGAAACUAACCAACCCUUCCAUCACAAUACUCGUUCAAGUUCUCAAAUUUCAUCAGAAGUUAAUGGUGGCAUUAGCUUCCCUUCAAGGAAAAAAUCAAUACCCGUCAUUCCGUCUCGCCCACUCACUUCCCCCGUGGAGACAUCUUCAAGUGUGAACAAUUUUUUCAGAUCUUUUUCAUUUUCUCAAAGGCGCACAUCAUCUUUUGAAUCUUAUAUGGGUAACAGUGUAAAUACACGCAUGACAACCCCCCUUUCAGCACAAAGUUUACGAAAUGAUAGAAACAACAGUGUCAUAAGCUCUUCGAUUAUUGAACACGAUGAAUGCAACUCCAUAUCCGAUUUGUCUCCAAAAGAUGAUUGUACAGAUAAUGACAACAGCGGCUGCCACGUAAGUAGCAACAGCAGGACUAACGACUAUGAAGAGGAGGAGGAGGAGGAGGAGGAUGAUGUGUUUGUCGAUGCAGCACCAAUAAUGUCUUUUUUGCCAGAAAUUGAAAAUCCUCCAAACUGUUUGAGUUCUAAUCGUAAGAUAUCGAUCGAUUCAUCAGACACAUUACAGUCAUCAGCAUUGAAAAGUUUAAAUACAAAGGAAGCAAACAAACCUACUUUGGAACCAUUUCCAAUCCCACCUUCAGUGUCAGAGAAAUUCACCAAACGCCCAUCGUUGACCAUUGACACAAACUUAAAUUCAAAUUCAAAUUCAAAUUCAAAUCCAAAUUCAAAUGAAAAUUUUAUUCCAUCAAAAGCAACAGAUGACUCUGCAAUCAACUCCUUUGUAUCACAUUCCCCUUCAAUGUUUGAUGAUUUUGAAGAAUUGAUUAGUGUGAAGAUAGCAGAUUUAGGGAAUGCAUGUUGGUAUAAUAAACACUAUACAUCAGAUAUACAAACUCGUCAAUACCGUGCCCCUGAAGUUAUUCUAGGAGGAGAUUGGGGGUGUUCGACAGAUUUAUGGUCUACUGCAUGUCUAAUAUUCGAACUCAUCACAAAUGAUUAUUUAUUUGAUCCAAAAUCAACAAGCUCCUAUUCAAGAGAUGAUGAUCAUUUGGCUCAGAUGGUUGAACUGCUUCAGACUUGGCCUUCUAAGGAGUAUUUACGUACCUGUAAAUAUGCACGUGACUUCUUUGAUCGUAAGGGUCAGAAUUUUAAAAAGAUACACAAGCUAAAAAUAUGGCCACUAUGUUCGGUUCUGCAGGAGGAGUAUGGCAUGCCUGAGAAUCUCGCCAAGGAAGUGAGCGAUUUUCUCUUACCCAUGUUGGAGUUGAACCCUGCUAAAAGAGUCGACGCCGGAAGUAUGUGUGCUCAUCCCUGGAUUAAAGAUAUACCAAUUGGAGAAGGUCUCGGUAGAGAAUAUGGUUUAAGAGGUGACGAUAUCAAGGGAUAUCGGGAAGAAUGGGACUAA